CUCCCGGACUGGAGCAAGGGACGCGGACCCUGGGAUGGGGGCAGGGACGGGAGGAAAUGUCUCCCAGCUUCUGGCAGGCCCGCGGCUGUGCGCCCCGCGCCAGGUUGGAGAGCCCUCCCAAUUCCCCACCCCAAUGUUUCCAGCCGUUUUUUGCGAUGGUGCCAAGCUUUGGGGUAGAGUCGGCAUGUGGGGGCGAGGGGAGCGCCACGCCCCUCUUCGCUACUUUCUUCCGUGAUUCUUUCUUGGGACUAGCCGGCGGGAGCGCCACCUUGGAGCUCGCUUCGCGCUGGGGGUCUAGCGGGGAAAUAGCGGGUCACUGAGAGGAGAACCCAGAUCGCACACCCCACAAGGAACCUCCGAGUAAAGGUUCCAGAGGCUGCCCUUUUGGAAACAGUUUGCAGGUGAUUCAUUCCACCAUUUAAAACGUGAAACAUUGUGCCCCACAAAGUCUUACUGAUUGCGGGUGAAAACAAUCAUUGAAGAUGUCCAGCAAAACAGCAAGCACCAACAACAUAGCCCAGGCAAGGAGAACUGUGCAGCAGUUAAGAUUAGAAGCCUCCAUUGAAAGAAUAAAGGUUUCAAAGGCAUCUGCGGACCUCAUGUCCUACUGUGAGGAGCAUGCCAGGAGUGACCCUUUGCUGAUAGGGAUUCCAACUUCAGAAAACCCUUUCAAGGAUAAAAAGACUUGCAUCAUCUUAUAGUGGGAUAAUCAAACAGUUCCUCGUCUCUUCUCAACAAAGCAAAUUAUGAGCAGCUCCUUGAAGAGAUUUACCUUGAGCUUAUUUGGUAACCACUGCUAAUAACUAAAAUGCUCUUAACUUGGAAUAAUGGACUCUGAAGUCUUUAUUUUCCAAGUUGCCCUAUCUCUUUAAGUACCCUUUCUGAUUUAAUACAAAAUAACUAUCGUGUUUUUUAUUUGUUAACUAUGGUGUCUUAUUGGGUUACUAUUUAGGGAAAAGUUGGUCUGGGUCUUUUUAAAAACACAAUUCUAUAAUUAAAAUAUACAAAUGAUUCAGAUAUGCCAAGACCUAAGUUCUAAAUUGCCUAAGCACCUUUCUAGAUUAAAAUGCCAAGAAUAACUUAAAUCCUAAAACUUCUUAAUUAAUAGUAUUCUCUUAGUAGAGUCUGUGCCAAUCUGUACAGUAUACGGGGGGUGGGUGUUUUGUGUAUAUCUAUAUGCCUUUGUAUAUACACAUAUCAAAGAGCUUAUUUCCUUAUUAAAACUUCUCUCUCUCUGCACCAUCAGUUCCUCAACUCCAGAAGUUAUACCUUUAUCUUGAGCUAUGUAUAGGUAGAAUAAAAGUAUUUUCAUAUAGUUAUUGCACAAAGUAAACAACAUCCUAAAGAUUAUAUUCAUUGUAAUCAAGUAGUGAAGUCAUCUCUCCUGUCUUGAAACCUUGCUGAACUUCUUAGGCUAUAAUAAACUGUGCAAAUAAAAAUUUUUAAAUUGAACUAAAAUGCCCUUUUAUAAUAUGAGCUAUUAAUUCACAUGGGGCCUUGUGGGCUUCAGUGAUCCUGAGACCCUCGGUGAGGACGCUGGGCAGCUGUGUUCCCAGGCUCAUGUUCGCUACUGGAUUAGAGGUAGACACCUCUGAAAUUUCCACCCCAAUGAUUGCUAUGAGACAAACCAGUGAACAUGAGCCUGACCAUAAGAGGAGCAGGAGUGUGUGAAAACCAGCUGCUCUUCUUGGCCCCGCUUUGUGAUUUAGUCCUCUCCCCACUAAAUACUUCACCAUGCAUCUGCUCAACACAAGGGCAUUCUUAUAUUAACCACAGUAUCUUUCCUCUCCUGCUGGAGCAUCUAUUUUCGGAGGGAAUGUUCACCUCCCCAGCCCCAGGUAGGUAGAACAUUGUGGGAAAGAAGCAUCCACACAAAAAACAUUCAAGUGUCAAGACAGUUCACUCUUUUGAACAUCCAUAGUCUUAUUGCUCUCCUGUCUCCAAGCUGCUCUGUGAGGGGCGUGGGCCACCUCGAGAGGCUGGCAUUCAGAGGUUGCACUUCUUGGGCCCAAGUGUUUCAGCAGCUGAGCUUUGGAUUCCUUGCUUUUCCUCUGGGUGUGAUCAUAGCCCUCACAUCUUUGGCAUUUCCAGUGGGGACCCCAAAAGAAGGAACCUCCUCCAGCCAGACGGUGUUUUGACUUUAUCACAGAGGAAGAGAGGGUCCUUUUUAAAAUGCUCACUGAGGUCCCAACCCAUAUCCUAGGCCUUUGAUAUUUUAAGUCAUCUUCAGUUCAUUAAAAGUAACUACUAAUGAAAGAUUUAAAACUUAUUCUUAAAAAGGAUUGAAACCCAAGGAGGAAUUAUUUACAGUGGUUUUCCCUAAUUCUGUACAAUCUGCCCUGCAAUGCAAACCCCUUUUAAAAUCCGUUUGGGCUUUGAGCGUUUUGCUAAUUGUGGGUGAACAAAGGCAGUUCUAUUUUUAAACAGUUCAAAUAUAUUCUGUAUUUCCCCAAGUCACCUGUCUGUCCAGCAUUGUGAACUGCCCUCACUUUUCUGAAACCAUGUGAAAAUCAUGCCGCUGUCCUUAACCUUUUGUUGUCUACUCUUUGGUUCCAUAGCAUGCCCACUUCCCAAGUAAAUGUAGGCACCUGUUUAGGAGAGAUAAAGGUUUUACCUUUCCAAAGGUGAAGUCUGAAAUAAACAUUAAAAGGACAAUUUUACAUUUAUUGCUUCACUUAACAAGACACUUUUUUUAAGUAUAUUUUUCUACUGAUAGUUUUAGAACAUGAAUGUUAUUUUUCACUCUGAUUUCUAACGUUUCUUUAGCUAUUUAUAAUGUAGUUUGUUAUAAAGUAUUUUCAUGAAAUUACUUUUAUUAUGCCAUUAUAUGCACAUUAUUGAUAGCAACCAUAGCUUAUUCUCUAGUACUAAAACAUGCUCUUUUACCUAACAGAAAACAAAUAUGUUUUGCUGUAUAUUUGUUAAUCCACUAGUAAUGGCAAGGAAUCGACCAUUGAGGUACCAGGAGAUUUCAUUUUAUUUUCACUGGCCAGAUAUAAUAAAGGCUGUGACUAUAAAUGUCAGGCAACUUCCUAACCAGGCAUAGGGCAUGUUCAAGAGGAAUGGAUUCAAAUCCUUUGAUGCUGGACCUAAGGGGGAAGGGAAAUUGUAGCUAAAUGUUGAUUUGCUUAUAACCAGAAAUCUGUGUGAGAAAAUAUAAUAUAUGUAUACAUAUAUAUGAUAUGCAGAAGUCACUUUUAUUUGUCAGACUUUAUUCUACUCAUGAAGCCACAGUUGAAUUGUUCUACAGCCAUUGGUUUAUGAUAAUGGGGGAAAAAUGUUCAGUGUGUGUUACUUCUUCAGCUACCACUAUAAUGACACAUACACACAUGCAACUUCUUAACUUCAUUUCCAUGUACCUAUUUAAAUAUGUUCAUUAUACCUUGUCUUUGAUGUUGCUUCUGUUAAUAGUGAUCUCUUUUCCUUUUUUGUUCUUUUAUCUUCAUUAGUUCAUCAUAAAUCUGACCAGUUGAGGCCUCAGCACCAUGGCAAGAUACGCUAGACAAAAUUUCAGGAUUCCAAAGUAUUUCUUAGAAACACAUUUUUUUUAAACAGGGAAAAAACUUUAAAUACCAGGUAGUUCACAAGCUAUGUGUUAUAGCUAAAUAGAUUUUUUUUCCUUAAAAGAAUUGGGUUUUUAAUUACCUUACCUUAUUAAAAUUAAAAAAAAUACUGUAUUUACCUUUUAAAGGAAAGACCUGAUAGGCUUUUGCCCUGUUUAAACUAUUUAUGUAUUUUACCAAUCUUUAAAAUCUCAGAAAAACCUUUAUACCCAUAAUUUAGUUACGUUAAGGCAUAGAUUAGUUUUGGUGGUGAAAGAUGUGCCAAACUUUCUCUUCAGAUGCUUUCUACUCAUCCAAUUUAUAACUAAGAUAGUGUCAUCUGACUGGUGAUUCUGAAUUUUAAGAUAUAUAGGCCCAGGAAGUAAAUGAUAGUACAUGUCAGUUCUUUCUCAAUAAAGUAAAUGUAAUCCUAGACUAUGUUAUGAAUUGUAUUGAUUUUCUUCUAUGGUAGACCUGUUAAUAGGAAAAAUUACAUCGAAUCAAAUAGAAUUAUAUGUACACUACACUAGAGCACUUACCGAGGUCACGUGGCCUGGAUUUUAACCCUGGAUCAUCUUCUAGCCAACGCUAUGGGGUGUGACUUUGGACAAGGCGCUUCACGAACUCUGUGGGUCUCCAUUUCUCCAUCUGUAAAAUGAGGGGUUGGAAGCAGAGGACUGCCAAGACCCCCUUCCUGGUCUCAGAUGCCUCGAUCCAAUGGUCCUUCCCCUCUACUGAUCCUACCAACACGUCGGUGCUAUAAGUUGCUUCAAGUAUGAAAUCAGUUUGUCUGUAAUGUAUGAUCAUUUAAUAGCUUAUGAAAAGGCUUUUUGUUAAAUGGCUUUUGUUCCCCCAAUUUUGUGUAUUUGGUUACUGUAAUGUCUUAUUUUUAGCUGUGUAACUACAAACACAUAUUCUCUUGAUGUCUUGGUAAACUUGUAAUUGCUGUAUAGUUGUUGAGAUCUUGUUAUUUUAUCACAUUCUUUGGCUACUCAUCUGUCCAGCAUCUUAUUAACCUCAACACUGUGAUCAUUGUUUGGAACUCUGUCCUAUGGAAAGAAUAAAAGCAUUUACUUCACAGCUAACAUGUUCACAGAUUUGAAAGAAGUUUCAUUAAAACACCGUUUGCUUUCUUUA